AUGACAGUAUCAAAGACUCUUAGCCAAUUCCUGCAAGAACCAAAAAAAUCUCAUUCGGAAGCUGCAGUGAGAGUUGUGAAGUAUGUCAAGAGGGGACCAGGUUUAGGGAUCAUGCUAAGUAGAACCAAAUCAAACAAUUUGAGUGUCUUCUGUGAUGUAGACUGGGCAAUGUGUCCCAACACAAGGAAGUCAGUGUCUGGUUUUCUAAUCAAAUAUGAAGAGUCAUUGAUUUUAUGGAAAUCAAAGAAACAAAGUAUUGCGUCUAAAAGCUCAACUGAGGUAGAGUAUAGGAGCAUGGCAAGUGAUAUAUCAGAAUUGGUAUGGGUUGCAGCACUGUUGAAGGAAUAA